AUGCCUCCAGAGCCCGAAACGAGGUCUCACCACACGCAUUGGGGAAACCUUGACCUUGCCGCUGGUGAACUCCGAUCAUCAGUGGAUGCAACAACUUCCAGCGAUCAGACCGCACAAAACCAACGCCAACCGAUCGUUCGUGCGGAUCAGAUUUACAGCAAGUCGAAACGCAAAUGGGAGUACUACAAAUCUGCGACAAGAAAACCUCGACGAGCACUAUGGACUAAGUACGUGAUAUUGGUUAGGACCAAGUUCUCGCAGAAAGGGGUUCCUGUAGCCGUCGAAAUCGAUAUCAAGGGCAGGUCACUACGGGAGGCAUUGCUCAGUAUCAACUCUACGGUACAGGAUGAAGUGUUUGCGGACGGGGGGAAUUCGGAGCAACUCAGCGAUCGCAAAGUGUUAUAUCACUCUAGAGAAGACCUCGCCGGGCUUCUGCAGCGCGAGAAGGCCAAAAAUAACCCUGAUGAAGACCUGUUAUUUGAGCUGUCUGCAGGUCUAAAAUUCAUCGCUGAGGAGUUCGGCGCAGAUAUGGCUGCACUUGAGAGCCUCACCGGAGAAGGUACCAUUACCACUAACUUGUUGUGGAUGCUCUUCGCGCCGAAUUCUCUUACCAUCGGGCAAGAUGAACUUGGACAGACUUUCGCCGUACUCGUACGCAGCUCCGGCCUGUCCGAGGACAGUGACCGAAAUCCGUUGUUCGUGCUGCGAGCAGAUCAACUUGAUCACGACGGUAACAGGGUCGUGAUGAGGACCCGCAUGACUCUGUAUAUCCCUGGCUUCGACGGGAAAAUGGACCUGACCGAAUUGCCAUUCUUGCCCCUGAAGUGGCAUCCGGAUCGUGAGGCCAUCAAACAACAACUCCUGGCCAGAUGGGACAGGGCUGAGAUAUUCCACGGCAGGCUUCUUGCAGAGUAUAAGGGCCAUGGCAUGCGAGAAGGUACAGACAGACUCGUCAAAUUCAACAGCCACGGUAGGGUCAUGCUGGACCCUGUCAGCCUGAUUAGAACCCAACCGGACACUAAGCUGCGAACCGGAAGAUUCACAGCCAUCAAGCAGAGUGCGAUUACCGAGGAACUCCGGAUGACGAUGUCUCCGAAAUUGUACGGCUUCAGUCUCGGCGACAAAACAUGGGGUUGUUUUGCGCUAUCAAACAUCAGCAACGUCGUCUUCAACUCCGACAUUCUGACGUCCUUGGUCCUAAAUCAGGACCGGAAAGAUCUGAUACGGGACCUCGUCAUUUCUCACCGGUCCACAGACAACACGUUCGACGACUUCGUUCGCUUCAAGGGCAAAGGCCUUAUCGGUCUCCUCUCUGGACCUCCGGGCAUCGGGAAAACCAUGACAGCCGAAGCAAUAGCGGAAGUCGCCAAAUGUCCUCUCUACGUAAUCAGCUCUGGUGAAUUAGGCGAUAGGCCUGACAUCAUACACGCAAGGCUGAAAGGCAUUUUGGAGCUUGCAGAACUCUGGCGCGCAGUCGUGCUCCUCGAUGAGGCUGAUGUCUUCCUGAGUAAGAGGUCUGAAACUGACCUGACCAGGAACGCCAUCACCUCCGUGUUCUUGCGUGAGUUAGAGUACUACCAAGGGAUCCUAAUCCUGACCACCAACCGAUUGGAGAGCUUCGACCCGGCAUUCAUGAGCCGCAUGCACUUCUGUCUUGACUACCCGAACCUGGAUGCUGCAGGGCGCGAAUCUAUCUGGAAGGAUUUCCUUGCUCGGGCUUCCAGCAGUAGCGCCAGAAUUGAGGUCAGUAUCGAUGCCGACGGAUCCACACGUCUAAGAAGCCAUGCUUUGAACGGUCGACAGAUCAAAAAUGUCAUGAGUAUCGCGCAGUCAAUAUCCCUCAAGCGUGGCCAGCCCAUCACUGUUGCCUCAAUCGAGAGCGCUAUCGAGCUUUGUCAGAAUUUCCAUGUUGUUGACCAGAGACCGGAACCCGAGCUUUUGCACGAUUCAGAACCGCAGCCCGACCUGAUAUAA